CAAGUUACAAACCACCGAUGUUCAUUUGACGAUCGCGUAGUAGUCCGAGGGUGUUUUGCUAAACUAAAAGCAAUUUAGCGAAGCUCACAGAGCAAAAACAAGUGAGAGAUACAUGCUCUAAGACCAUCGUUAUAAAAACUGUACACACGACUUGAUGUAGAUUUGGAAAGGAUAUUAUUUUCGGUUGAAGGAAUAUCAGUGAAAAUAAGACUCAAGUAGAGGACAAUCAAGCAGUUAUCUCACCUUUUCCUUGGCAAACAAAGAGAGCACAGUGUAAUAUUUCAAGAAGUAUUCACACUCCUAUUAAAACACCUGUUCUUCAAAAAGUUCACUAUCGUGCGCAGGACUUUGGAAAUCAGGAACAAAACAAGCUUGUCUGUUUAUAAAUCAAGCUGUUUUCAAGGAAGAUUGGAAGAUUAUUACGAGGAUUACACGCGGUUCAUAAACCCGAAAAAAGCUUUAUUCUGUAAUCGGAGCCGAGAUUAAGGAUGGUGUUUGAAGUCGUCUCGUACUAGAAAGUAACCGCGAAAGGCUGCUAACUACCACCAUCUCGCUCUAAGGUGAGGACAAACCUUUAAAGAAAAGCUUUUCAAAAGGUGUACACAGGCUUAAGGUAUGGUCAAAUCAGUUUUGUAUUUCAGUUUUGCGUCUCUCUUGUAAUUUACUUUUACGCAAGGGCAGCGGGCAUUUCGGGGGAUUGAAAUCGCAUUCAACCCUCCUGAAAAGAUUUAUAUAAAAAAAAGCUAAUAUAGGAUGGGAAUCACUGCAGUUUGGGCGGCUCUUGAAUGCCAUUACCCAAGACAAGUACCAAGCAUAGAAAGCUUUUUGCGAUAUAUCCAUUGAACUUCGGAUGUAAAGUAUAAAACUUUAUGUUUUUUUUCUUUAUUUAUUAUUAUUUCUUCAAAGAAACCCUCUUGAGAUGCGAACGGCUAACUUGAGCCCUUAAACAAAUCCUUCUUUUAAUCUGUCCGCGUCUUUGAUAGUUUCGACAGGAAUUAAAAAGUCCUUGGAUUUUGCACGUUUUAUAACUGAACUUGUUCUUAAAUUUUUCAUUGCAAAAUUUUCAAAUAAAGCGAAUUGUAACCAAUAUUUUAUAUAAAACCUAAGAAAUGCCUGAAAACAGGUGCAUUUAUUUUCUUUGAUUUUAUUAGAUUAGCACUGCAAAGAUUACUUGCUUAUUAAAUAAAACAAAUUUGUUUUACAUAGAAAUAAUAGAAAUCGAAAUCUUUGGAUAUCAUUUUAACAUGGAUAUUAUUUUAUCACUUUAUAUUUCGUUUCAUGAAAAAAAGCGUAAAAAACGUAGUUACGAAAAAUGAUUGUUCUCAUCGCAAGAGAAAUUAGUUGAAAAUACAUAUAUUACUGGAAAUAUCAAUGUUAUCAACUAUAUCAACAAUCCUCUCUAUCUGAUAGAACAUAAAUACUCAUUUUCAAGGUUUUUUUCCCCUAAAAUAAUGAACUCAAAAUUGUCAUUAUUAGUGGUGUUUUGUUGAUUUAUGUUUUUUUUUUAUUCCUUCGUUUAUAGCAAGUUGCGUUUAUUACGGUCGGAUAAUAGACAAGCUAACGUGGGUAAUCUUGACAUUCAGUCGGAUGUAGGGUUUCUACCGACAACCCGGCGGAUUCCUAGUAAAAACAUCCGACCCCCUCACAAUGCAAACUACACAUGUCUUGGAAGAAAACAACACUAAUUUCCUUCUGAAAACAACUGGCUUGACAAAAGGGUAGCUUGACUUGGGAGCUCGACAAAUUUUGACUGCCAGAUAAGAGGAUCACGUUUGUUUGGUUUGACAUAAUUGAUGUUUUGUGAUGGCGAAGCGGGAGUCGUCUUCAACUUUCUCCCUUUCCAGGUUCAAUGUAGAGGUCAAGGAAUACCAGCAAGAAAAUCAGAUUUCAAGAUCACAGUUAAACGUGACUGUGUCUAUUUUAAUAAUGUAACUCAUUUAUAGGUGAUAAGGACUGAUUAGCAAGGAGCAAGCCUCUAAGAAAUCAAUUAAACCAGCAUGUCUACAGCACUAGAAACACCUGGCAACCACACAUUGGUCAACCUUAGUUUCUAUGGAAACAACUCUUUGGAAAAUUCGUGUCCGAAUCUUGAAGAGAACUUCGCUGUCCGAGUCGGUGUCAUCACGUUGUACGUUUUCAUGUUCCUCACUUCCAUAUUAGGAAACUGUCUCAUCCUCGUGACCGUGUACCGGACACAGCGCAUGCGCACUGCUGUUAACCUGUUUAUUGCCAACAUGGCGAUUAGUGAUAUCAUACAGCCGGUUUUUGGGGUUCCGAGGGUGGUGGUCGAGGUGCUGUAUGGGAGAGAGACCUGGUUGAUUGGAGGCGCCGCGGGUGCCGUGCUGUGCAAACUCGCGUACUUCGCGCAGGACGUCUCCCUCAGCGUAUCAAUCUUCAGCAUCGUUGGCAUAACAACGGAGCGCUUUUACGCCGUUAUGCAGCCUCUCAAAAUCUCCUUCCUCAAAUCGCACGUGCAAAUGCUUUUACCGCUGACCUGGGUGAUCGCGGUCAUCAUGCAUGGUGUCUAUUUCGAUGUGUUUCGGAUACGCAGAGACCACGUGACUCAAAUGAUCGUAUGUUAUCAGCACUGGGCGUCGCCGCACAGUGCGCUGAUUUAUUACUCAGUUUUCCUGGCAGGUUUAUUUCUCUGGGCCUUGCUGGCAAUCGCCAUCAUGUACUCCAUCAUUAUCGUCAAGCUGAGACGCAGCCGAGGGUCUGGUCACGCGUGGGUGGUGCGCAAGUCACGUGAGGUCCAGGAGCGUAAGAUCCUACAGGUCGCCCUAGUCAUAACUAUCGUCUUCUUUGCUUGUUUUAUGCCGCAGGUGAUCUUAGUGAUAGUAGCACCGUUAGAUGUGUGGCCUCACUGUAGCAUUGAGGUGCUCCGCUUUGUCACCAAGGUCAUGGAGCACUCGUACACCGCUUUCAACCCCUUGAUUUGCCUCAUCUUCAGCCAGAACUACAGAGAAGGUUUCAUCCGGGUAUUUUUGUCUAGCUGUGGCUUCUGCACUUACCCCUUAGAAGAUGACACAGGGUCCCCACCAGGGGUGGGUAAGGCUGUCAAAAGAAGCUCUGAUGGUGGUCACGUGGCCUUGACCCCCCUAACAUUACGAGAGAGCCUGAGGCUAGGCAUGACAGCGCCUUCCAUGUCAUCGCCGGCAUUGAUGCGAGCUGAAGGGGUAGUCAUGAACAAAUAAGGGAAUGCGUGAUUGGCGUAUUAGUGAGCUGAAGGGGUAGAAAUGAACAAAUAAGGGAAUGCGUGAUUGCCGUAUAAGCGAGCUGAAGGGGUAGAAAUGAACAAAUAAGGGAAUGCGUGAUUGCCGUAUAAGGGAGCUGAAGGGGUAGAAAUGAAAAAAUAAGGAAAGCGUGAUUGCCGUAUGAGGGAGCUGAAGGGGUAGUCAUGAACAAAUAAGGGAAUGCGUGAUUGCCGUAUUAGCGAGCUGAAGGGGUAGAAAUGAACAAAUAAGGGAAUGCGUGAUUGCCGUAUAAGGGAGCUGAAGGGGUAGAAAUGAACAAAUAAGGAAAGCGUGAUUGCCGUAUGAGGGAGCUGAAGGGGUAGUCAUGAACAAAUAAGAUAAUGCGUGAUUGCCGUAUUAGGGAGCUGAAGGGUUAGUCAUGAACGAAUAAGGGAAUGCGUGAUUGCCGUAUAAGGGAGCUGAAGAGGUAGAAAUGAACAAAUAAGGGAAUGCGUGAUUGCCGUAUUAGGGAGUUUUAGCUUCGUUAAUUUAGGUCCGUGUCCCCGAAUCGUGUGAUGGUGCUGUUUUUUUUUUAUUUGAAUAUUCGACACUCUCAUAAUUUUUAGUAUUUCAACUUGAAGUUUUAGAAGUUAAACGGAGGGGCGUUUGUUAGAGAGGGGCGUUCAUUACAAACAUGUAAGCUUAGGAGGGGGGCGUUAAUUAGAUAGGAAGUGUUCCCGUUUAUAUAGGACACGUUUCAUUGCAUGAUUUACGGUAUAUAGUUUUGAUAUGGUUUAGUUAUGUUUUAAGUAAUUGGUUUGAGUUGUUUUAACUUUUUAGUUCAUAUUAACAUACAAUAUAUAAUGUAAUGUUUGGAUUUUGAUUAAAAUUCAAUUACAAUUGUAA